CCCCCCUCCCCUCUCACAAUCGCACACUCGCCCCCAUCGCCCGUCGCCCGUCGCCCAUCGCCCAUAGCCCAUAUUAACCAACGUCACCGCUUCAGACAGCUCGUCAGCACUCCUCGCCACUCCGCCAUUUUUAUCGGCACGCGCGGCCCACACACGCCCACCAUACCGUCCCCCACGCAGCCUUCGGCCUCCGCCACCGCUCCCGCCACCAAGAUGCCGUCUCAGCCCAUCCCCAUCGGCCAGGAGGCCCCGCGCAACACGGCGUCCGCCGGGCUCUCCCAGUCGGCUGGUGGUCUCUUUGGCAAGUGGAACGCGUUUAGCAUGAACAGCACCCAGUCGCCGCCAAAGGAUACUCACGAGCACGUCAUCGACGAGUUCGGCGACAUCGGCGACCUGCGCACCAAGGGCUGGGCGGCCGCCCAGCAGCGUGGCGCACGCCGAGCCAUGAGCAUGAGCGUUAGUCCGAGCGCGCUUACUGGGUUCACGGCUAUGAGCCCGCCGCAGGCUACCGCGUUGCGUGACAACCUUGCGCGUGGCGAGGGUGCCCUCCGUCGCCUCUCCCUCGGCGGCUUCGGUAGACCCACUCCGAUGCCGACGCAGCAGAACCAGCCGGUUGUCCCGAACCCGACCCCCAUCAGCACCCACGCGCCGCCCGAGCCGAUGCUUGCCCCUCCGCCGCCGCCGGCCGAGCACCGCCGCGUUUCGCAGGGCCGCCGCCGUUUCUCCGAGUCGGGUGCCCGCCGCCGCGGCGUAAGCCCCAUGGGCGAGCGCAUCUUGCGUGACCACCUCUGAGCGCGCUCAUCUGAACACCUCGCGCCUCAGAGGCUCCACAUCUCCUAGUUGUAUGCGGGGACGCUAUCGCUCCAUCGCACCCUUUCCUCCCGUCUUGUCCUCCAACAUCUCUUGUCCACACGGAUCCCCUUCCCCGGAUCCCACGCAUCCAUCCACUGUCCAUUGCCCACCAUCAACCCAGUCCAACCAACCCAACACAACACAAUCGACGUCAGCCGAGCCGAGUCUCAGUCAGAAGAAUAAACAGGAAGAGAAGCAGCACGAGUAUGAAGCAUGAAGUAUAGCCCUCAAGGAUCGAGCCGGAAAUCAGAAACACAGCAAAGCGUGAGGCUCGCCGGCGUUGUACCGCCCCGCUAGGUCGGAGCAUGUAGGCUGCAGAGCGCGUGUAUGCAUAUGUUGAGAGC